GUCGUGGUGAUAGGAAAUUUUGAUGAAUCGCACAAGCAUCUUAAAAAUUCAAGCAUCUAUUGUGUCUUCGGUGAAUUGUGUGUUGGUACUCAAAUGAUCCAACAUGGAGUUUAUCGAUGUACUGCAUUGCCACAAAUCCCGGGAAUAGUUGAUCUUUUCUUAACUUUGGAUGGUCAAACACCUAUUAGUCAGGUUAUAACAUUUCAUUAUCGUCCUCUCCCGGUGGUGCAGUUGAAUGAUGUACGUACUUCAGAGGAUGGCAAAGAAAAGGUAAAUUUUAAAGAUGCAAUGCUGCAGAGAAGGUUGGCACAUCUUCUCUUCUCUACAAGCAACUACAUGUCCAUUUAUACCAGCAAACUGCAUCCUAAAGCUAUCAAGAAAGCACAAAAAGUUGCAUUGCUUACCUCACCUUAUAUUGAAAAUGAUUGGAAGGAGAUGCUCAAAUUAGACUCCAGUAAUGAGAUUUCAUCUUAUCAAGCUUGUGAAGGUUUGCUUGAGUUGGCCUUGAAAAACAAAUUGCAAGAGUGGUUAGUGAAAAGAAUAGCUGAAGGAUGUAAAACAGCUACCCGUGACAGUCAUGGUCAAGGUGCCAUCCAUUUGUGCGCUAUUUUGGAUUACACUUGGGCUAUUAAUCUAUUUUCAUUGUCAGACUUUUCCCUGGAUUUUCGGGAUGCUUUUGGUUGGACAGCAUUGCACUGGGCCGCAUAUCUUGGCAGAGAAAGGAUGGUUGCUACUCUUCUAUCUGCUGGGGCAAAUCCGAGCUUGGUUACAGAUCCUACUUCAGAAAAUCCAGGAGGGUUGACUGCAGCAGAUCUGGCAUCAAAGUCUGGUCAUGAUGGCUUGGCUGCAUAUCUUGCUGAGAAGGGCUUAACGGCCCAUUUUGAGGCCAUGUCGCUUUCUGGCAAUGUGCCAUCAUCUAUCUUACGGGCCUCGAAAGAUCAAGUCAACAAUGAAGAUUUAUAUUCUGAGAUGCUUAGUGAGCAGGAACUAUGCUUGAAAGAAUCACUAGAAGCUUACAGGAAUGCAGCUGAUGCAGCUGAUCGGAUACAAGCAGCAUUUAGGGAACGCGCUCUAAGGCUACAAACUGAAGCUGCUCAACUGGCCAAACCAGAGAUGGAAGCAUCUCAGAUCGUUGCUGCUUUAAGAAUCCAGCAUGCCUAUCGCAAUUAUAAAAGACGAAGGUUGAUGAAAGCAGUUGCAAGAAUACAAAGCCAUUUCCGUACAUGGCGCACUCGAAGGGACUUCCUUAACAUGCGGCGGCAAGCCAUCAAGAUCCAGGCUGCAGUGCGAGGUCACCAAGUGAGGAAGCAAUAUCGGAAGAUUCUUUGGUCAGUUGGGGUGCUUGAGAAAGCAGUCCUUCGUUGGCGGCUGAAGAGAAAAGGUUUACGGGGAAUGCAGGUUAAUGCCAUGGAAGUUGGCACACAUAAGAACUUGGAAGCAUCUACUGCAGCAGAGGAGGAUUUCUUUAAGAUUAGCAGAAAGCAUGCUGAAGAGAGGGUUCAAAGGUCGGUUGUUCGGGUUCAGGCUAUGUUUCGCUCUUACCAGGCACAGCAGCAGUACAGACGAAUGAAACUGUCUCAGGAAAAAGCAAAGCUGGAAUUCAGUCUGAAUGGUGCCGCUGGAUUUCAAUGAGCUUCUCAAGAUUUUGGAUGUACUUGUCGGUUCCUUGGAUGAUUUUCCUCGCAUGAGACUGCACCAGCAGUUGGGUAGAUUUUUCUGGCUGGUGGUAAUGUUCCCUUGGCAAUGACUGUUGAAUGACCAUGGUUUGAUGCAGCUUGUAUACCACGUAGCAAUGACCUUGGAAAUAGUUAUUAAAGGCUGGUAGAGUAGUCCGUCUGUGAACAAUAAGUCCUGUAAAUAAAUGAAAUAUUGUAAAUAGCUGUGGGGUGGCAAAAGAUCCCCACGCACCUGCUGUUUAGAAGUCAAGGCGCAUCAUGAAGCAACGAUUCCACCAGAAUCAUUGCCCUGUUCUGUGUAGCUAUUCUAACAUCUUCGCCUAAAUAAAAUCGAUGCUUGCCUGUCCCCCUUGUUAUUUGUGAAAUCAGGAAAACUUUGCCCACUACUUGUUUGAUAGGUCUCUUAAGCUGUGAUUUUUGUAAUCGUUUGUUUAGAAAACUUGAUAGAAUUUAGGAAUUAGCGUUUAAUUGUUCGAUGCCCGUA